CCUCUUUCUUUCUAUUCUGGGAGCCAUAGCAUGGGUUUAGUGUAGUAGGGCACUUUGGGGAAACACCAUCACAAGAUGGUUAGAGGAAGAAAAGGAUAUUAGGGAGCAAUACAGGGAACCCGGAAAAAGCCCUUGGAAACCAAGGCAGCUGUUUCAAGAUAGUGGGAGGGAGGGACUGAGUGAUCAGUAUGUCAAAUGCAGCAUACAGGUACUUAGAGAUGAGGGUUGGGAAAUGUGCACAGACUGAUGACUUUUUCAAGAACUCUGUAGAAGGUAAUUGAGGAGUGACUGAGAGCAAGGAAGGGAGGACAGACCAUAGACUACAUUUUGAGGAGUUUGCAAGAGAAGAGAAAGAAGGAAAUUAGGUAUUAAAUAGAGAAAAAUUAUGUAAGGUCAAGAGAUAAUUUGGGAAUAAAGGUAGGGAGGUAACAGGUACAAAUUAAAAGGUAAAAAUUAACACGUAAAAAAAAAUCUGUUAACAGGUAAAAAUUUAGUAUGAAGGCAGAUUUUUUUCUAUUCAUAGAAAGUUAUUCUUUGUUUAGAGCUGUCUAAAAAUUAGAAUGGAUUGCCUUGUUAGAUAGUUGCUCCCUGUCACUGGAGUGGUCGAAUAGAGAUUAGAUGUUUUCUAGUCAGCUGUGUAGAAAGAUAUGUUGGUGAGCGUCUUUGGGUGUUUUAGGCUCUGUUCAAUUCUCAACACUUUGCCCAAAGUUGAUUUAAGCAUUAUAAACUAAUGAGUUAUUCUGUGGACUUGUGUUGCCUGGCAGCUCUCCAUAGAUUGAUCAAAUCAAUGGGCCAAGUUAACUUAUGUGCCUUUGAUCUUGAAGGAUGAAAUUAAACUGCAGAUUCUUAGAUAAGAAAAUAUUGAGUCUCGGUGUCCAGGAACGUUUCAUCACUAUGACAGUCAACCAUGGUCUGGGUCCACAGGUAUUUUUGACAAGGUAGUCACUUUCCACACACAACAACAGAGCCUUUAUUUCAAAUUUUUGAGAGUUUUUUUUUAUCUGUCCAUCAUUUUUGUAAAACACUGUUACUUGGAAUAAUUAAAAUAGCACUGAGAUUAUAGGAGAAAUGGAUAGAGAAGAAAAAUCUGUUUCCUUUUCUCUGUGAUUCAUAUUCCUAUAUGGAUGCUUUUAGUUUACAUAGAAGUUUGGUUUUUUAGGGCCAAGAAGAGAUAAUUAGUUUCCAUCUCUGCUCUCUAGUCCUCAUCUUAGAUCUUUUAGUGGUCCUUUUGGGUAGCAUUUAAAACAAUUCAGGGGUAAACUUUGCUGUUUGUCUCAAAUGACUACUUAUCUGUAUCCAAAUCUGGCUUCCUGGGGUACUGAAGCAUGAACAGCGUAAAUUACUGAACUCAACUAAUUCUCAGAAAGCCACAUUUUAGUCAGUACUUUCCAACUUUCUCACUCAUUUCUGUUACAGAACCGACAAGUGGUAUAACUAAUUAAUUAGACUUGUAUUCCUUUUCAAGUUAUACAUUUUAAAUUCUCUCUGUUAACCUUUUCAAAAUGCUAGUAAGUAGUAAAACAAAUCCAUACAGAAAAACUAAAAAAUGCAAGUACUGGAAAAAACAGCUCCCCCACCCCCAAGAAUAAGCACCAGGUGUGGUGAAUAUUUAUCUUUUAAGGAAAAAUAGUUGCAUCCUUGUUACCAACUGACUUUCCUUCUUAUGGCCCGUGGAUAGGGGAGCAGCCUCCCAGUUACCCCCAGGCCUGUAAGUUUUACCUGUUUCUUAGCCUGUUUGUUUCCUUGCUCUGGGAGAGUGCAGUAAGUGAAAAAUCUCACAAGUCCACAAGUUGAUUCUUUUCCUUUCACAAUUUAAUACUUUCCGAACAUGUUAAGAACAUGAAUAAAAAUGCCCUUUUAAUCAUAUACUUACUUUUUAACAGUUAAAAUUUUUAUUUUGAAAUAAAAGAUUUUGAGAUAAUGUGUCUAAAUUUAGAGAGGAGUUGCAAAAAUAAUAUAGAGAGCAAAUUUCCUGUUCCAAACAAGAUGGAGUAGACACAUUUCACCAUAUUCCAGUUAAAUGCAACAAUAUAGGUAGUUUAAAUGUAAAUAGAUGGAAAAAGACAUACCGUGCAAAUGCCAAUCAAAAGAAAGCUGGGGUGGCUAUACUAAUAUCAGAUAAAUUAGACAUCAGAGCAAAGAAAAUUACAAAGGACAAAGAGGAGCACUACAUAAUGAUUCAAAGGGUCAAUCCACCCAGAAGACAGGGCAAUCUUAAAUGUGUAUGCACCAAACAGAGCUUCAAAGUACAUGAAGCAAAACUGAACAUAAUUGAGAAAUAGACAUAAAUCCACAGUUAUCAGUAGGAACUUCAAUAGCAUUAUAUACUUACUUUUCAAGCGCACAUGUAACAUUCACCAAGGUAGACUAUAUCCCAGGUCAUAAAACAAACCCCAACAAAUAUAAAAGAAUUAAAAUCAUACAGAGUAUAUUCUCUGACCAUAAUGGAAUCAAACUAGAAAUGAAAAACAGACUACAGGAAAGUCUUCAAACACUUGGAACUUAAACAACACACUUCUUAUUAAUCCAUGGGUCAAGGAGGAAGUCUCAGGGAAACAAAAAAAUACACUGACCUUAAUGAAAAUGAAAAUACAGCAUAUCAAAACUUGUAGGUUGUAGCUAAAUCAGUGCUGAGUGGAAAUUUAUAGCACUAAAUGCUUAUAUGAGGAAUAGAUGAAAGGUCGCAAAUGAAUAAUCUAAGCUUCCACCUUGAGAAAAUAGAAAAAAGAAGAGCAAAAUAAACACAGAGCAAACUGGAGGAAGGAAAUAAUAAAGAAGAGAGAAGUUAAUGUAAUUGAAAACAAAAACAGUAGAGAAAAACAAUGAAUCCAAAAAAGAUGGUUCUUUGAAAAGAGAGAUUCUGACUUAAUUGGUAAUGGGUGCAGUUUGGGCACUGGAAUUUUACAAUCUCUCCAGGUGAUACCAAUGUUUAAUGGGAAUUGAGAACCUCUGCUGUGGAGGCCAGAUAAUUUUCUCAGGGUUUAACUGGUGUUGGCAUCUAUGGCCCACCCCUUUCAUUUCUCCUGAGGAAAAUUUGUAGUCGUUUCAUUUUCUCUCACUUUUUGUUGCCCUCAAAGUCAGUGCUGAUCCUUUCCCUUGUAGGUUAACUUCCCUGCCUGACUGCCCUUUUGCCAUCAGUAUAGCCCUGACCAGAGGUGAACUGUUCCCAACUGCAACCCCCCUCCACUUCACACCCACACCACCUUGAUUGAUUUGGGAUUAACCCCCAAAACCCCCUCUGAUUGGUUUGUCACACAUCAUUGGUCACCAGCUUUAGGCUGUGAUCACCCAAGCCACAGUAACAGUGUGUCUAGUGCACCUGGUCUUGUGACCCUGGCUCUGAGGGAGCCGAAGGACUUGGUUUUUCCAUUCUGGUGGCCAGUGCAGUGCCUUCCCUUUAUUAACACACUAUUAACAGUUGAUGAACGGUGGAUUUGCACUUGCUCAGUAAGUUUGGGGUUGUUUGUUUGACCUUACAUGUGAGACCUGUUAUUGUUUCUAAAACCUGGGAUAAAGAUACUUUUCUCCUAAUAAAUUCUGAUGAUCACUUUAAAUCAGGUAGAUGUUAUUGUAAAUGUAUUAGGGGUACAUGUGGCUAAAUUUCAAUGUGGAAGCAACUCACAGCAAGAGAUAAGACAUAAUGGAAAUCAUUAUUUUUAAAAAAUUGUUUGAGUUUCUAUCUGGAGAAAGAAUUAUGUAUUUCAUAGUAAAAGCUAUUCUUGUUGAUUUACUUUAUUCUUAAGAGGUCUUAUUUGCAAAUGGUAUUUUAUCUUAAGAGGAUUUAUGCUUUGUACAUGUAUCUCUUUAUUCUUAAGAUGCCAAGCCUGCUUAUUUAUCUGGGUAGUUGAAAUUAUUGAACAUAUGUAUAUAAAUCAAAAAGAAAUUGUAGGGAAUUCCCUGGCGGUCCAGUGGUUACGACUUGACGAUUUCACUGCCAUGGCCCGGGCUCAAUCCCUGGUCAGGGAACUAAGAUCCCACAAGCCACGUGGCGCAGUCAAAAAAGAAACAAAGAAAGAAAGGGAACGUACUGCUAAUUUUAAAAAAAUUAUUAGAACUGGGGCCUUUUUGCUUAAAAGGCAUAAAACAGAUUUUAAUUUAGAAAGGGUCUAGGACCAUUAAAAUUUGUCAAGAUAAUGUCACAGAAUAGGCCACCCAAGCUGAAACCUUCCAGUGAGGUCUUUAUUAGCCAAACAGUGGGCUGAGAGAUUGGGAAGGAGGGAGCGGUGUUAGGAAAGUGAUAAUUCCGUUGUAUGCUUCCAAUUUUCAGUAUUCUUUCUUUCAUUAAAAGAAAGGUUUCUUGUAGUUUAGACCAGAGGGUGACAAGCUAUGGCCUGUGAGCCAGAUCUAGCCUACCACCUGUUUUUGUAUGGCCUGUGAGCUAAGAAUGGUUUUUAACAUUUUUAAGUGGUUGAAAAAUGAAGAAUAAUAUUUCAUGACAUGUGAAAAUUGAAUUUUAGUAUAAUAAAGUUUUAUUGGGACAGAGCCAUGAUCAUUUGUUUAUGUACUGUCUGUGGCUGCUUUCAUGCUACAAUAACAGAUUUGAGUAAUUGCCACAGAGACCAUAUGGCCCACAAAGCCAAACAUGUUUGCUAUCUGGUCCUUUACAGAAAAAGUUUGCUGAACCCUGUUUUAAACUCCCUUCCCAAUGUGGCCUUCCCAUGCAAGAUGAUUUCUACUCAGGAGGUUUGAAAUUCCCAAAUAAUUUGUUAACAUUAAGGAGGGUAAGCCUGUUUCCUGGCAACAGGGAUACCUGUGGUUGACAUAGAAAUACUUGACUGAGUGGCAGGAACCUACCUAGGUAAAUUGGUAUUUUCUUCUUUUUUCUUUAAUGCUUUUUGAGGGCUUUGGGAAAGAGUUGACCUCCAGACUUCUCAUCUGGUCACAGGGGACUCAUGAGUCACACGAUGUGUCUUAAGUUUUAAAAACAAGCUUUAAAAUGACUGAGAUGAAGGCAGUCUUCUUUUAAAAAGUACAGAAAAGUUCACCGACUCCAAUUUCUGGUAUCUCUUCUUUUUUAAAGACAAAGAUUUGUGGGGGGUAAGGAGAAGCAGUAAACUAUGUAGGAUAUGUUCUUUUUCUUCUGAUUAUUUUUUGUUUACUCAAUUAAAUAUUUAUGGUUUUAGUUACUGGAGUACUGAAAUGUGGUAAAGAUAAAAGAUAUUUGAGGUGAACAGGCUUGAAGGGAAGUUUUGUUUCCACGACACUGAAACAGUGAUAGAUUGAAUUGUUUUGUAGAGAGGGGUGAAUUCUGAAUUAAAGCAUAGGCAGUGGACUCAAAUGGUCUCCGUGUGGAGAAGGUUAGUAUUGUUUACCCCAGAGCAGAGGUAAUCAGCUCAAGAAACACAUCUGUAGUAUUUAUGAUUUCUGUUUAAGGAAUAGUUUGGGAGUUUCUUUGCCCGCAUGAGCAGGAAUUGAUCCUUAAGAAUAAAAGAAGUGUGCUGCUCUGGUCUGACCAGUGGCCUAACUCAAACAUCUGUCUCUGUUAACGGCCCUGAAGGGUAUUUUCCUGAAAGUCUAAGGGAGCUGGACUUUUAGAUGCUUCUUUACUUAAGGAUUACUUCCAAAUACCAUCAUGGAUUUAUCCUCCCUGAUUUUAUCUCAGUCCUUCUUGAACCUGUUUACAUUUUCAUUCUGUUCCACUUCUUGAGCUGAUGAGUUCUCUAAGUUCCCUAAACAUUGCUCAAAGUCCUGCUUUCUUUUUGAUAAAAUUGCCUUUAGGUUACAGGGAUUGCCCCUUUGUUACUUUAACUCUGUGAUUGGGUGAAUAAAGUCAACAAUUUCCACACUCGUCUUGAUUCUUAUCGAUUUACUGCUUCAUUCUUUUAGAGCAAGAUUUCUCAACCUUGGCAGUAUUGACAUUUUGGGCCAGAUAAAUCUGUGCAUUGCAGGAUGUUUAGCAGCCUCCCUGGUCUCUGCCCCCAAGAUGCCAGUAACGCUGCCCCUUCCCAGUUGCGAUAACCAAAAAUGUCUCCAGAUAUUGCCACAUUGUCCCUGGGGAACAAAAUUGCCUUCAGCUGGGAAUCACUACUUUAGAUAUUUGUCUUUUCCAAACUGUAGGGUUUUGUCUUUUGGGACUAACUUUAUAAAUAUGGAGGCUCCUCUAUCCAGUUGAUUGUAUUGUGCUUUUCUGGGUUUUUUCCCAGCUCUGGUUGAUGUCCAUCUUGAACGACAGUGACAACUACUUUUCAUAGUUUCAGUUUUUUCAGGUCAGCUGCAUCGUUUGUGAGUGGUGUGUGGAACAAAUACCUUGAAAACUUAGAAGUUUUUUUCUAAUUAUAAAUGUCCUAUAUGUGUACUGUAAAAAUGUGGAGAAUGGAAAAAAUUAGAAUGUUUUUGUCACUCAGAAAACUUCAGUGUUAUUGAUGCAACUAAUGUUAGUAAAUUGGUUUAUGGCCUUCAUUAUUUUCUAUAUAUUUUAUUUCAUAGGUGCAAUCUUGCUAUAAGACCAAUUUUUAUAGUUUUUCCACUUAACAUUUUUAUUUAUUUAUUUUAUUAUUUAUGGCUGUGUUGGGUCUUCGUUUCCGCGCGAGGCCUUUCUCUAGUUGCGGCAAGCGGGGGCCACUCUUCAUCGCAGUGGCGGGCCUCUCACUAUCGCAGCCUCUCUUGUUGCAGAGCGCAGGCUCAGUAAUUGUGGCUCACGGGCCUAGUUGCUCUGCAACAUGUGGGAUCCUCCCAGACCAGGGCUCGAACCCGUGUCCCCUGCAUUGACAGGCAGACUCUUAACCACUGCGCCACCAGGGAAGCCCUCCACUUAACAUUUUAACAUGAAUGUUUCCCUGUGUACCAUGUUUAAAUAAUUGAGUGAAAUACCAUAAUAUUAAUAUACUUUAAGUAGUCCUCUUUUGUUUGAUAGCUAGGUUUCAUCUAUUGUUUUUAUUAGGGAGUUUUAAUGAACAUUUUGUUCAUAAAUCAUUUUCUGUGUUUUGGAUUAUUUUUCAAAUAUGAAUGUUGGAAGUAGAAUUCCUGGAUCAAAGGGUAUGAAUAUGUAUAAAGUAGAGCCUUAGAUUAUUUUUAAGUUGCUGCAUGGCCCCACAGAUGGCAGUGAAUAGUGGCUCCUUGAACUGACCAUGCAUUUCAAAAGUAUGUCUGGUGGGUGUAUAGAAGGAAAGAAAGGGCUGUGUUUGAGUUAAUCACUUUUCCUGCCGCCUGCUCUUCUGUGGGAACAUUAAUGGGGAGUCCAGUAGCCACCAAACCACAGACUUAGAUUCCAGUCCCAAAUAAUCCUAGUUGGGUUGACUUCCAGACAGUGCUCCUUUAAGAGGGAGUUUCACCCAAGGAAGGCAUUUAUUUUAUACAGUUGUAUUUUGCCUGGCUUACAGUCACUGUUAAGAUUAAUCAGAAUGCUGUUAAUCAUUUUGGUUGAGAUUAUAGUAGGAAUAAGAUCUGAAAACCGCCUUCAAAUUACUGUUCUCAAGGGUGCAAUGUAAGGGCUGGUGCACAUUUCAUUUCUGCCAAAACAAAGGAAUACUCAUUGUGGGAGGUAAGGAAGAAAAUAAUGUCAUUGUAAAGUCUGCACGCUGAAUAGAGGACUAGAAAAUAAACAGCUGAAUAAUAUAUCCAAAUGUAAGGCAAUGAGGUACAUCGCACUGUACUUAUUCUUGGUUUUGCUUAACAAAAAAUUUUAUUCUAAAGUACUUUUUAAAGGGUACCACCAAAUGAAGUUUCACAUGUUGUCUUUAGGGGUGCCUGGAAGCAGAAUGUGAGACCAUAUUUGAACGUACAUGAUUUGUUGAGGGACUGCUCUCAGGAGAAACUUAUAAGGGAGCAAGGACAAGAAGGCAGGGAAGAGGAAGAAGCUAAAGUAAGGAUAUAGACUAGCAUUAGCCUGUUUUGGUUAGGGGCAUGGUUGGGGUGGUGUAGAGCUACUGGCUACCCCUGGGAGGGAGACAGGGAGAGUAUAAUCUCCCUGGCAGGACUCCAGCCCUUGGGGAAAGGGACAGCUGUGAGCCAUUAGCAGCCAACAAGCAGUACCUGGGAGAUGGGUAUGCUAGCUAGUAAAGGGGAUGUGGGUGGGGCAUGUUUACUUUGUGCAGGACACUGUGCUGAGACCUGGGAGUAAGAGAUGAAUGUGACAUAGUUCCUGCUUUGAAGAUGGUUGUGGUCUUGUGGCAGGGCUGACCAUGUAAAGAAUAUUUACAGUGCAAAUGAAGAGCAUUUUACAUGGACAGAAGCAUGUAUAGAGGCUUGGAUAGAAAGCAAAGGAGUGAAUAAUUGUGAGAGAGGCAUAUCUGGGGAACCUCACUGAGGAGAUCUAACAAAUGGGUCGGACCAGGUUGGGGGAAAAUGGGAUGGUCCGGGUUAACAAGCAGGGGACUGUAGGCAGAGGGAAGAGCCCUGUCCAAAGGCUGGCAAGUAUGAAACAAGAUGGUAUGUUCAUGGAAUCACAUGAGGCAUAGCAUGUGCAGGAGGCAGGGGGGAAGCAGCUGAUGAGGCCUGACAAAUUGGAGCCGGAACGCUGUGGGCCUCCAAGGCUAUGCUUAGGAGUCUUGGGCUUAGAAGGGGCAGCAUUCCUGCUGUUAACCCCCCAGCCUGCCUCAGGUCUCAGGGUCAACUUGGAGUGCCCUGAGCUCUGCCCUCUGGUGGCCAUGUAGCUCCAAGCAUGUCAUUUAAACAUUUCUGAGCCCCAAUUUCAUCUGUAAAAUGGUGAUAAUGAUGUUUAUAGGACUGUUGUUGUGAUUAGAAGUAAUAAAGACAGAUCUAAAGAUUUGCCACCAUGGAAUUAUUCUGCUGAUAUUUACUGUUCUUUGUCAUUUUCCUGUAGUAAUUAAAACAGCAGUGCUGUCACAGAAAUAAAUCAGUGGACUUUAAUAGCCCAGACUCAAAAAUUUGCUUGCUUUGUUUUCUUUUCUAAAAAUUAUAAGCAACCCAGUUUCCAGGACUGGUGUUAUUGGUGUUAAUCUGUUUCCUAGGCUCUUUAUUGAUAAUAAAAGAUUUUUUGUUUCCAUCUAUAGUAAAACAUGACUGUUACUGUAAUAGUUUAAAAACCACAAGAUUUGGGAAUUCCCUGGCAGUCCGGUGGUUAGGACUCAGUGCUUUCACUGCUGGGGCCCCGUGUUCAAUCCCCAGUCGGGGAACUAAGAUCCCACAAGCCGUGUGGCAUGGGGGAAAAAAAAGCACCAGAUUUUACAGAUUCUUAAAAAUCUGCACCUCCCUCAGUCAUGAACAGUUUGGUAGCUCAUCUAAAGAAGAGAAUAUUAUAGAAAAUGGAGACACUCUUUUAGCCAGAGUUCAUAAGACCAGAACUUCAGAUGAGAGGAGUAUCUAGCUUACAAGAAGUCUUAGGUCUCCUGAAACUUUCAAGAAAGUGAAGAGAGAGGGACCAUACUCAGUUGGCUUUCUUCACUGACAGUUUUUAGAGAAUAAAAGUAUUUCUUCUAUGGCAUAUGCUGCCUUCAAUCCCAGUACAAGCUAUCCAUAUGGAGGUUAUGUUCAGUAGACACAGAAUUUUUCUAUUGAUGUUAUUCUUGACUCUACCUAAAAAUUUCUCAUUGGUAAAAUGUCACAAUAUUUUUAAAGGUUUUUUUUAGCUUUAUUGAGAUAUAAUUUACAUACUAUAAAAUUCAUCCAUUUUAAGUAGACAAUUCAGUGAGUUUUAAUAUAUUUACAGAGUUUUGCAACCAUCACUACUACCCAAUUUUAGAACAUUUCUGUCACCCCAAAAAGAAGCUUUGUGCCCAUUUGCAGUCAGUAUUCUGUGUUCUUACUCCCAACCCUAGGUAACCACUAAUCUACUUCCUGUCUCUAUACAUAGGCCUGCUCCUACUCUGGACAUUUCAUAUAAAUGGAAUCAUAUGAUAAGUGAUAUGGUGUUUAUGACUUCUUUCACUGAGCAUAAUGUUUUUGUUAAGUGGUUUUUUUUUUACAUGUUUUACAUUUGUUUUACACGUUGUAGCAUGUAUCAGUACUUUGUUCCUUUUUAUUGCCGAGUAGUAUUCCAUGGUCCAGAUGUACCACAGAUUGUUUAACCAUUCACCUGUUGAAAGAAAUCUGGGUUGUCUCCAGUUUUUGACUAUUAUGAAUAAAGCUGCUAUAAACAUUUGUGUAUAGGUUUUUGUGUGAACAUGUAUUUCCAUUUCUCUGGGGUAAAUGCCCAGGAGUGCAAUUGCUGGAUCCUGUGAUAGUUACAUGUUUAAUUUUUAAAGGAAUAGCCAAAUUGUUUCUAGAAUACCUGUACCAUUUACAUUCCCACCAGCAGUGUAUGAAUGAUAUAGUUUCUUCACAUCAUCACCAUUUGGAUUUUCACUGUUUUUUAUUUCAGCCAUUGUGGUUUUAAUUUUCAUUUCCCUGAUGGCUAAUGAUAUUGAACCUCUUUUCAUGUGCUUAUUUUCCACUUGUAAUGCUUUUUGGUGAAAUGUCUGUUCAAAUCUUUUGUGCAUUUUAAAUUGAAUCAUUUGUUCCUUACUGUUGAGUUUUGAGCGUUCUUUACGUAUUCUGGAUACAAGUCCAUUGUUGUAAAUGUGGUUUGUAAAUAUUUUGUCCCAUUCUGUCGCUUGUUUCUGUAUCUUCUUAACAGUCUUCUGCAGAGCAAGUUUUUCAUUUUGAUGAAAGUGAAUUUUUCUUUGAUAGAUCUUGCUCUUGGUGUCAAAUCGAAGAACUCUUUGCUUAACCCUAGGUCCUGAAGAUUUCCUCCUUUGUGUUUCUAAAGUUUUUUUACUUUUACAUUUAAGUCCAUGAUCCAUUUUAAGUUAACUUUUGUAUAAGUCAUGAGACUUAGGUUGAAGUUCUUUUUUUUUUCCUAUUGUUCCAGUACCAUUUGUUAAAAAGACCAUCUUCCUCCAUUUGAUUACUUUUCUACCUCUGUCAGAAAUCUGUUGGGCAUAUUCGUGUGGGAGUAUAUUCAUUUUAAUACUGCAAAAUAUAUUAGGUUGUGGUAGGCAGAAUAAUGGGCCCCCUAAAAUGGCUAUGACCUAAUCCCUGGAACUUGUGAACAUGGUAGGUUACAUGGCAAAGGAGAAUUAGGGUUGCUAAUCAGCUGACUUUAAAGUAGGGACAUUAUCCUGGAUUAUCUGGGUGAGCCUGAUGUAAUAACAAGGGUUAUUAAAAGUGGAAGAGGGAGGCAGAAGAGAAAGGUCAGAGAAUGAGGUGUAAGGAUAGAAGCAGGGUUAGAGAGAUGCAGUGUUGUUGGCUUUGAAGACUGAGGAAGCUGGCCAGGAGGAUCCAAGGAAUGUGAAUGGCCUCUAGAAGAUGGAAAAGGAUGCUCCAGGAUGAAACGUCAUAGAACUCUCAGCAGCAGUGACAGUUCAGACGAGAGUCCUUCCACUUCCUUUACUUCUGGCUCAAUGUAUAGGAGCAAGUCAAAAAUUCCAAAUGAACACAAGAAACCUGCUGAGGUAUUCCGGAAGGACCUUAUCAGUGCGAUGAAACUUCCAGACUCUCACCAUAUUAAUCCUGACAGUUAUUACCUCUUUGCGGAUACAUGGAAGGAAGAAUGGGAAAAGGGAGUCCAGGUACCAGCCAGUCCAGACGCUGUUCCACAGCCUUCCCUCAGGAUUGUAGCCGACAAGGUAAAGGAGGUCCUAUUUAUCCGACCCCGGAAGUACAUCCACUGCUCCAGCCCAGAGACUGCAGAGCCUGGCUACAUCAACAUCAUGGAGCUGGCGGCAUCUGUGUGCCGCUAUGACCUAGAUGACAUGGACAUCUUCUGGCUCCAGGAACUCAAUGAAGACCUCGCAGAAAUGGGUUGUGGGCCAGUUGAUGAGAAUCUUAUGGAAAAGACAGUAGAAGUCCUGGAACGCCAUUGCCAUGAAAAUAUGAACCAUGCUAUUGAGACAGAGGAAGGGCUAGGCAUAGAGUAUGAUGAAGAUGUGAUCUGUGAUGUGUGCCGGUCUCCAGACAGUGAAGAAGGGAAUGAUAUGGUGUUCUGUGAUAAGUGUAACAUCUGUGUGCAUCAGGCCUGCUACGGCAUCCUCAAGGUCCCAGAAGGCAGCUGGCUGUGUCGCUCCUGUGUCCUGGGCAUUCAUCCACAAUGUCUGUUAUGUCCAAAGAAAGGUGGAGCCAUGAAGACCACCAGGACAGGGACUAAAUGGGCUCACGUCAGCUGUGCCCUGUGGAUUCCAGAGGUCAGCAUUGCUUGUCCUGAGAGGAUGGAACCAAUCACAAAGGUCUCCCAUAUUCCGCCCAGUCGGUGGGCCUUAGUCUGCAACCUGUGCAAGUUGAAGACAGGGGCUUGUAUUCAGUGCUCAGUGAAAAGCUGCAUCACUGCCUUCCACGUCACCUGUGCCUUCGAGCACAGCCUAGAAAUGAAGACCAUCCUAGAUGACGGGGAUGAAGUAAAGUUCAAGUCAUACUGCCUCAAGCACAGCCAAAACAGGCAGAAGCUCGGGGAGGCCGAGUACCCUCUACACAGGGCUUCAGAGCAGGGCCAGACCAAAAGCGAGAAGACCAGCGUGCGGGCACAGAAGCUCCGGGAGCUGGAGGAGGAGUUCUAUUCCCUGGUCCGUGUGGAAGAUGUGGCCGCAGAGCUGGGGCUGCCCACGCUAGCUGUGGACUUUAUCUAUAACUACUGGAAACUAAAGCGGAAAAGUAACUUCAAUAAGCCAUUAUUUCCUCCCAAAGAGGAUGAAGAAAAUGGUCUGGUGCAGCCAAAAGAGGAGAGUAUUCACACUCGCAUGAGAAUGUUUAUGCACCUACGGCAAGACCUAGAGAGGGUCCGAAACCUGUGCUACAUGAUAACCAGGCGAGAGAAGCUGAAGCUGUCACAAACCAAAAUACAGGAACAGAUCUUCAGUUUGCAAGUCCAGCUUGCUAACCAGGAAAUUGCUGCAGGACUUCCUUUGACAAAUGCACUAGAAAAUUCAUUGUUUUACCCACCACCAAGAAUUACCUUAAAGUUAAAAAUGCCCAAAUCAGCCCCAGAAGACUGCAGAAACAGCUCCACAGAGCCUGAUCAUGGACCUCUCUCUCCUGACGGCAGCUCCCCUGUUUGCAAUAUGAGGAGCAUGCAGGUGGCUCAGGAAUCACUAGAAAUGAGAAUGAAGUCAUACCCAAGGUAUCCACUAGAGAGCAAGAAUAACUGUUUGCCGGCCAGUCUCAGCCAUGCUAGGAGUGAAGCAAAGGAUCCCAGUCCUGCUUGGAUAACUCCAUCUCCAGAGUUCUAUCAUGGGCAGUCUCUGGGAAAGCCUCUGGUCCUUCAGGCUGCCCUGCAUGGACAGUCUUCCAUUGGGAAUGGGAAAAGUCAGCCUAACUCCAAGUUUGCCAAAUCCAAUGGCCUGGAGGGCAGCUGGUCUGGGGAUGCCACCCAAAAAGACAGCUCAAGUGAGAUGUUCUGUGACCAGGAGCCCAUGCUCAGCUCCCACUUGGGCAGUCAGGGCAGCUUUAGAAAAUCUACCAUGGAACACUUCAGCAGGUCCUUUAAGGAGGCCACCAACAGGUGGGUGAGGACCACAGAGGACCUCCCGUGCUAUGUGAAGCCAACCAAGAAUACUAACCCCAAGGAGCAGCUCUGGGGCAGGCAGUUUGUCAGGCGGUCUGCAGGGAGAGCUCCAUAUCAGGAAAAUGACGGGUAUUGCCCAGAUUUGGAGCUGAGUGAUUCAGAAGCAGAAAGUGAUGGGAAUAAAGAGAAAGUUAGGGUAAAGAGAGAUAGCUCAGACAGGGAAAAUCCUCCCCAUGACUCCAGACGGGAUUGCCAUGGUAAAAGCAAGACAUAUCCCCUUUCCCACAGUUCAAUGCAUAGGUGAUUAGAAAUUCCACGAAAAACUCCAUCUUUGCCUUUGCCUCAUAUAUUGGGGAAAACCCAUACACCAAAAGGAUUCUAGUAUAUGUUAGGAGGAAUUGUAGUGAAAAGGAUAAAAUUUUUCCACAGUAAAUUGGCUUGCAGUUUUUGAACCAGUUUCAAGUCCAAUUUUCACGAGCACAUCAUAGAAAUUACAUAUUGUCCAAAAGUUUAGGGGUUUGUUUUGUUUUGUUUUUUUGCCAGAGGCUAGUGAGAACAGCUGGGACCAGAGUAUUUGCUCAGUAAAUACUUUGGGGCAGCUUUCCAAUUAUAUUAACACAUAUGUAUUAAGAGUCCUUGCAUUGUCCUUGAUUUGCAGGAGAUCAUGAUUAUCAGACACUAAAACUACUUAUCUUUUGAAGCUACAGCAUGUGACUUCCAGAGCUCCUGUCUGUAAGAAGUUUCCACUGGUACCUGGAAACCCUCUUUAGGGAGAGACCAGGGACCAAUAUCUCAGAUACUGUCAAACUCACUACUCUCUUCCUUUGCUCUGAACAAGGUUGAGUUCCUUUCACAGUAUCUUAACUUACCAAGUCAAUACACCUAAUGCUUAUAAGUGUCCAGUGCCUGUUCCUAGACUUGCUUGUUGGGGACGCACUUGUAACUAUUUCACCCAGCUAACAAGCGUAAAAGGCUAACUUGUGGAUAGUGUUUACAAAAGUACUACUUCCAAGGAAAAUGCUCUGAUCCUCUCAGUUUAGGCAUUUGUGAAGGAUCCCAGAGCCUUUCCCAAAGUGAGAACAUUUCUGGAGGGUUUGUAUCAGGUCAGGGUUUUUGUGUUAUUGUUUUCAAAUAAGUUUGACUUAAAUAAGUUUGGCUGACAGUUUUUGUAUACCUGCUUUAAUGUUUAUAAAAUUUUUAUUGAGGUAUAAUUAAGAUAUAGUAAAAUGCAGAGAGGUUAAGUAUUCUUACCUGCUUUAAUUUUGAAACAGAUUUUUAUUGUCAAACAGAAUUUGAAAGCAUGUGUUUAACACAUGGAUAUAAUUUAGCUUUGUACCAACUUUGAAUCCAAGGCAAUUUCCCAAACAAAAGGGCUGGAGCUGUUUUUCAGAAGUUACUCAUACUCUGUUCCCAAACUAUCAGCCUUUAUUAAUUUCUGGGAGGAAGAGGAUAAUUACAUUAGUGGGAGAUAAAACAUACCUGCUUCGUGUUUAAAGAAGAGGAAAAUGUUACAGUUUUUAAAGUGUGAAGCCAACUAUAAUUCUCUGCUCUCUUUUCUUCUUAGCCUUAAAUUAAUAUUCUCUUUCUUCUAAUUUGGGAACAUGUAGUGAGACUUUUCAGACAAAAGAGGCCAUUUUAGAUAUUUUAAGUUGCUUCCUGGUGAAACAGCCCAGCUGCAGUAAAGGCAGGGGCCCCUCUUCUCUCCGUCAAUAUGGGAAGCUCAGCAGUUUUCCUCUCCCCCGCUUUUGUUCCUGUAGCCUGUAGCUUUGUUAAUGAGUUCCUUUGCUUUUAUUUCUUCCUCCUUUUCUGAAAACUUCUGUAUUUUGCCUCUCCUUUGGCUACACCUUCAAAAUGUUUCUUUUGUGCCUGUGUACAUGUGUGAACAUGCCAUAGCAUGUGUAAUAGGUGUCCUAUGCUUUGUUUGAAUGGAAAAAGCUAUGGAUUAUCCAAAUGAGGAACAGUAGUUCUCCUAUUUAUGCACUAGGUUUCUGUGCUUUUUCUUUGCAUUCUCCUGGGUUCGAUAUUAAUUUGAUACCUUCAUGGUAAUAAAAUUGUAGUGGAGCUAUGUUAUAAACUCCUGUUAGAGGCCAGUGCAGUAGCCUAUAUCCUUUCAUGCCUUUCAAUUCUGAGUGAGGAAGAAAAGCAAACAUUGAAAAAGUGCUUCAGCCAAAUUCCAUAUGUAAUGCCAUUGGGAGAGUAUUGACUAAAAUAAUUUCAGUCAGGGAAAUAUAGUUGUAAUAUUUUUACAGGAUUUUCCUAGGUAAAUGAAGGAGCCUUCAGUUGUGUACAUUUCAAUUGCCCCCAAAUGUAUUUGCUACAUUUUGCUGUUGUUUGAAGUAUUACCUCUUAAUCUUCUUUGUUAAAUUUUUUUUCGUUUUGUCUUAUAUAGUCCAGUUUUCAAAGAUAAACUCGGUCUUUUUUCAAAUGUCACCUUUUUACUGAUACUUUUUCAUUAAAUUAUGAAAACUGUUAA